AUGUCAAUCCCAGCUUAUGCCCCUACAGCCACCCAGAAAAACCCUUCAUACAACAAAAUCAGAAACUCAUCGAUUAAUCUCGACCAAGAAGUCUCCCUAUUCAACACAGUACAACAACGUGAAGUUUACGAAUCAUUAGCAGAACUAUACUCAAUAAUAACAGUACUCGACUUUAUAGAGAAGUCAUACGUUAAAGAUACACUGAACAAAGAUGGUCAAGACCAAUAUACACCCACAGUGCUAAGGCUAUUAGCACAAUAUAACACCAUUUUGAAAAAUCCAGAAGUCAACAAAGAAUUUGGUUCACUUGAUACAUUCAAAAAAAAUUAUAAUCUGAAUUGUCCUUCAGCAACUUCAAGAAUCGAAAUUGGCGUCCCUGCCACAGUGGAGCAUGCCAUAAACGUUCCAAGCUCAAGUGGACUAACUGUUGCUGAAGCUACAGGUAAUUUCAUCACUUGUAUGGAUGCUUUGAAAUUGAAUUAUAAGGCAAAAGAUCAAUUACAUCCUUUAUUAUCGGAUUUGAUGACAUCUGUUAAUAAAGUUAGUUCGAAUAAAGAGUUUGAUGGUAGAGGGAAAUUAGUGGAAUGGCUGAUAAAGAUUAAUAAGAUGAAUAUUAAUGAGGAGUUAUCAGAGGAAGAUACAAGACAAUUGUUAUUUGAUCUUGAUAAUGCUUACAAAGGGUUUUAUACAAUGUUAGAAUGA